AUGGAGUUCGGCUACUGGAAGAUCCGGGGUCUUGGAGCGCCCUUCCGCAUGAUCUUUGCGUACAAGGAGGUGAAGUACGAGGACAAGCAGUAUGAAACAAACGAGGCUUGGUUCAACGGCCGUAAGCCGGAGAUCCUGGAGAUGAAUCCACUAGCGAACCUCCCAUACCUCGUGGAUGGUGAUACGUGCGUCUGCCAGACCAAUGCCGUUUUUCACUACCUGGGCGAGAAGCUCAGCCUCAACGGCAACACUGAGGCCCAGAAGCUUCGCACCUCUGAGCUGCUUUGUGAGAUCUACGAUGUGCGCAAUGGCAUGAUCGAUCUUGUCUACCCUUUCAUGGACAUCUGUCGCAACGAGGAGGAGUUCAAGUCAAAGGCCGAGAGCGUUGUCGGCUCGCCGCCCUUUGGAAAGUUUGAAGCCAUGCUUGCCUUGAAGGACAACGCAUCCGGAGGCAAGUGGUUUGUUCUUGAGGACGGGCCAGGAACGGCAGAUUUUCACAUCUGGGAAAUGCUGGACCAGCACAGGCUGCUUGCUGAGAGGAUGGGUUCCCCUUCACUUCUGGAUAAGUUCCCCAAGUGCAAGGCCUUCCACGGGGCUUUUCGGGCCCUUCCCACACUCCAGCAGUACUUUGCUUCUGACGCGUACACCUUGGAGAUCAACAGCAAGCUUGCCGACGCCUACUUCCUCUGA